AAAAGUUGCCACCGAAUAGCCUGUCACCCCACUCACACUCGCACUCGCCACCGUCAUUCUCGUAUUAUUUGUCUACAAAUCUUGUUCACUGCAUCUCGCUUUUAUUUUCCUUCGCAUUUUCAGAUCAAUUUCUAACAACUUUUCUAAAUCAUACACCUUCAUCGCUAAUUGCUUCACCAAUUUAGCUUCCCAUUCAAUCAUGGCUGUUCUUGCUCUUCCUAUGCUGAUUCUCUUGGCCAUGGCUGGCUAUUCAAGGGCAGCUUAUUGUGUAUGCAACACUGGGUUAAGUGAUUCAGUGCUUCAGAAGAACAUAGAUUAUGCUUGUGCACAAGGAGCUGAUUGUGGUCAGAUCAGUCAAAAUGAUAGCUGUAGCUUCUCAGGCACAGCCACCGUUACCUCAGCAGCCCCAUCUGGUGCAACUUCUGCUUGUUUUUCGGGAUCUGCAAGUUCUUCAACUCCGACAAACCCAACUAUAGCGCCACCUGGAACCGGGACCGGAACCGGAACGGGGACUGGGACCGGAACUGGAACCGGAACCGGAACCGGAACUGGAAUGGGGAGUGGGACCGGGACAAGCACUGGUACUGGUACAGGUACAGGUGUAGGAACUACGAACCCAGCGUUUGGUGGAAUGGCUCCAUCAGGAGCAAUCAACAAUGACAACUCUGCUGCUAUGACCAUUCAUCAAACCACAACAUGGUUGGGUCUAUUAACCGUUUUGAUUCUUGGUCUUGUAUGGUCGAGGCUAAUCUAAGGUUGAAAUGAAAUGUACGGAUGAGAUUUCACCAUGGUUUUGGUUGCAAGCUUGAAACGCCUACGGUUGUGUUCCAUGGAUUCCAUAGGAGUAGAUUCAACCUUUUGUAUAUCUAAAAGACAACUACUUCUCUUUGUAAUUCAUCAGCAGUUCCUAUGUUUAAAUCGUUAGUAGUUGUAGUUUGGAUGACGUUCAACAUUCCAUUAGAAGGGGACAACGUUAUUGUCAUAAUAAUAUGUUUGGUAAUGUGCUAAGAGUAUUGUAUGAUUUUUUUUUUUUUUAAAAGGCCUA